AUGUUUCCUACUCGGUAUCUUCUUUCACGUUCUGCAUGGAAAGGUCCAAAUAUUGUUCCUCUACCCAUUAAAGAAGCCCUUGUAAAAGGUACUCCGGUCAGAACAAAUGCUAGAUCGGCUACUAUUUUACCGCAGUUUGUUGGUUUAAAGUUUCAAGUUCAUAAUGGUAAGGAAUAUGUUGCAUUUGAGAUAACAGAAGAUAUGGUGGGGAGCAAAUUAGGAGAAUUUGCUCCCACUAGGAAAAGAUUUAGCUACACACAAACGAAAAACAAGUAG